GAGAGAGAGAGAGAGAGGGAGGGAGAGUCCAGGCCCAAAUAAAGUCAUGGGGGCCAGGGCUGGGCUGGGCACCCUUUUCAUAUAAAUACGCUGGCCGCCUGGAGGUUCGGGUUUGGUGGUUGGGGUUUGGGACCGGCGACCACCACUGCUGCUGCAAUCUUCCUCAGGGGAGUCUCAUCCGCACACUCACCAUCCUCAUCCUGGUCAUCACUGUUCUGGACAUCCAAGAUGCCUCGAGUGGACGCAGACCUCAAGCUGGACUUUAAGGAUGUCCUGUUCAGACCCAAGAGGAGCAGCCUGAAGAGCCGCUCAGAGGUGGAUCUUCAGAGGACCUUCACAUUCCGCAACUCCAAACAGACCUACACUGGCAUCCCCAUCAUCGCUGCCAACAUGGACACCACAGGGACGUUUGAGAUGGCACAAGUGCUCAGCAAACACACCCUCUUCACAGCUAUUCAUAAACACUACUCUGUAGAAGACUGGAAAAACUUUGCUGCUAGUCAUCCAGAAUGUUUAGAGCAUGUAGCUGCUAGCUCAGGAAGCGGAAAUGCAGAUCUGGAGAAGCUGUGUGCCAUCCUGGAAGCGGUCCCUCCCCUCAAGUACAUCUGUCUGGACGUGGCCAACGGCUACUCCGAGUACUUUGUGGAGUUUGUCAAGACGGUCAGAGGAAAGUUCCCCAAACACACCAUCAUGGCUGGUAACGUGGUAACGGGAGAGAUGGUGGAAGAGCUCAUCCUGUCUGGGGCUGACAUCAUCAAAGUGGGCAUCGGGCCAGGUUCUGUGUGCACGACACGAAUCAAGACGGGAGUGGGCUACCCACAGCUCAGCGCGGUUAUAGAGUGUGCAGACUCAGCUCAUGGACUCAAAGGACACAUCAUCUCUGAUGGUGGCUGCAGUUGCCCAGGAGAUGUAGCCAAAGCCUUUGGUGCUGGGGCUGACUUUGUAAUGAUGGGAGGGAUGCUGGCGGGCCACGAUCAGUGCUCUGGGGAGGUUAUUGAGAAGAACGGGAAGAAAUACAAGCUCUUCUACGGCAUGAGCUCUGACACAGCCAUGAAGAAGUACGUCGGUGGAGUUGCUGAGUACAGGGCAUCUGAGGGGAGGACGGUGGAGGUUCCCUACAGAGGAGACGUGGAAAACACCAUCCGUGACGUGUUGGGAGGACUCCGCUCCACCUGCACCUACGUCGGUGCUGCCAAACUCAAAGAGCUGAGCAGGAGAACCACCUUCAUCCGAGUCACACAACAGUCCAGCCACAUGUUCGCCUAGGAGGGAGAACAGCCAUCGACACAGCAGGCACAGGAUGUAGAAUGUGUAUUGUACUCUAUGGUUCAAACCUCUGGGGUCACUUAGAAAUGUACUUGAUAACACUAAAUGAAUCAGAAAUACAGUGUAGAUGUUGCUAAUGCAGUAAAUGACUAUUCUAGCUGCAAACAGCAGCUUUUUAACCCUCGUGUCGUCCUGCGGGUCAAAAUUGACCCACUUUAAAGUUUGAAAAUGUGGAAAUAUAUAUAUAUAUUUUCACAGUGAAACUUCUGAUGUCCACAUUUUCAACAUUUUUGGGAAAUGUUUGAACAUUUUUUGGUGGAAAAAAGAAAUGUUAAAAAUGUUUCUGAAGAACAUUCACAAAAAAAAUCAACCAAAAUCC